AGCGCAUGCGCAGGCCAGGCCCUCCUCCGCCUCAGCUGUGCGGGAAGAGCUGAGGGAGGGUAACAUCCCUCCCUGGCUGGGGGAUGACGGGCUGGGUAUGGGCACCUGCUGACAGAGCCCUACCAGUGGAGAAGUAGGCGAGGCCGUUCUGCUGCACCUUUGCCCUGGCCUGAGCCUGGUCGGCCUGGGCCUUGGCCUUCUCACUCGGAGCUGCCGUCGUCACUGCCGGCUGAGGAGGGGAGAUGAGUUGGUUUAACGCCUCCCAGCUUUCCACCUUCGCCAAACAGGCUCUGUCCCAGGCCCAGAAGUCCAUCGACAGGGUACUGGACAUCCAGGAAGAGGAGCCGAGCGCUUGGGCUGAGACCAUUCCUUACGGAGAGCCGGGAAUAAGUCUCCCUAUUAGUGGAGGAUGGGAUACUUCAACUUGGGGCUUAAAAUCAAACACUGAACCUCAGAGUCCGCCAAUAGCCUCUCCUAAAGCAAUUACAAAGCCAGUUCGGAGGACUGUGGUAGAUGAAUCUGAAAAUUUCUUCAGUGCCUUUCUCUCUCCAAUGGAUGUCCAGACCAUUCAGAAGAGUCCAGUAGUAUCAAAACCUCCAGCUAAAUCACAACGACCAGAAGAGGAAGUGAAAAACUCUUUACAGGAAUCUUUGCACACUAGACAGUCAAGAACAACUGAAAAUAUUGAAUCAAAAACAAAAGACUCUUCUCUGUGUGCAUCAGAGGAAUCUCUGGCAGUAGAUACGCUGUCACCUAAAACUGAAGACAAACAUGAAGAAAUUGUUAACAAAGAAUCUGAAAUGAAAGUACCAACUGGACAUUUGAAAGUAUCUGAAAGUGUUAUUACUGUGAAAACAACAACAGAAAGUGGAUCUAAUAUUUCCACCCAGUCUCUCACAGCAGAAACAAAGGACAUGGCUUUGGAACUUAAGGAACAAAAACAUGAAGACAGGCAGAGUAAUACACCUUCUCCUCCUGUUAGUACCUUCUCAUCAGGUACUUCUACCACCAGUGAUAUUGAAGUUUUAGAUCAUGAAAGUGUAAUAAGUGAGAGCUCAGCAAGUUCAAGACAAGAAACCACAGAUUCAAAAUCAGGUCUUCACUUGAUGCAGACAUCUUUUCAGCUUCUCUCUACAUCUGGUUGUCCUGAAUACAGUCGUUUAGAUGAUUUCCAAAAACUCACUGAGAGUUGCUGCUCAUCUGAUGCAUUUGAGAGAAUAGACUCAUUUAGUGUACAGUCAUUAGAUAGCCGGAGUGUAAGUGAAAUCAAUUCAGAUGAUGAAUUGUCAGGCAAGGGAUAUACUUUAGUACCUAUUAUAGUUAAUUCUUCAACUCCAAAGACUAAAAUAGCUGAAUCUGUUGAAGGAAAAUCUGAAGAAGGAGUAAAUGAAACGGUUAUACCCACUGAGGAAACAGAAAUGGAAGAAAGUGGACGAAGUGCAACUCCUGUUAACUGUGAACAACCUGAUAUCUUGGUUUCUUCUACACUAAUGAAUGAAGGGCAUGCUGUCUUAGACAAGGAGGCUGAGCAGAACAAAGCUGCUGAAAGUCAGCCAGAAGCACUUUCUGGGAAGGAAGAUGUUUGCAAGACAGUUGAUUUUCUGAAUGAGAAAUUGGAAAAAAGGGAGGCUCAGUUAUUAUCUCUUAGUAAAGAAAAAGCACUUCUGGAAGAAGCCUAUGAUAAUCUGAAAGAUGAAAUGUUCAGAGUGAAAGAAGAAAGAAGUAGCAUUUCUUCCUUGAAAGAUGAGUUUACUCAGAGAAUUGCAGAAGCAGAAAAGAAAGUUCAGCUAGCCUGCAAAGAGAGAGAUGCUGCUAAAAAGGAAAUGAAAAGUAUAAAAGGAGAACUUGCCACAAGGUUAAAUAGUAGCGAAACUGCAGAGCUUUUGAAAGAGAAAGAUGAACAGAUCCAAGGGUUAAUGGAAGAAGGAGAAAAGCUUUCAAAGCAGCAGCUGCAUAAUUCUAACAUCAUUAAGAAAUUAAGAGCUAAAGACAAAGAAAAUGAAAACAUUACCAUAAAGCUCAACAAAAAAGUUAAAGAACUAGAAGAGGAGUUGCAACAUUUAAAACAGGUCCUUGAUGGCAAGGAAGAAGUUGAGAAACAACAUAGAGAAAAUAUUAAAAAACUUAAUUCUGUAGUAGAAUGUCAAGAGAAGGAUAUUGGCCGACUACAGGUAGACAUGGAGGAACUUGAAGAAAAGAAUCGAAGUAUUCAGGCCGCCCUUGAUAGUGCAUACAUAGAACUUACUGAUCUUCACAAAGCCAAUGCUGCAAAGGAUAGUGAGGCACAAGAAGUUGCUCUAAGUCGUGAGAUGAAAGCUAAAGAAGAGCUAUCUGCAGCACUAGAAAAGGCCCAAGAAGAAGCCCGUCAACAACAAGAAACAUUAGCGAUUCAAGUGGGAGACCUUAGGCUGGCACUACAGCGGGCAGAGCAAGCAGCUGCAAGAAAAGAGGAUUAUUUACGCCAUGAUAUCAGUGAACUCCAGCAGCGACUCCAGGAAGCAGAGAAUCGAAACCAAGAACUGAGUCAAAGUGUUUCUUCAACAACAAGACCAUUGCUUCGACAAAUAGAAAAUUUACAAGCAACUUUAGGGUCCCAGACAUCAUCGUGGGAGAAGUUAGAGAAGAAUCUUUCUGAUAGGCUUGCUGAAUCCCAGACCUUGUUGGCAGCAGCAGUUGAAAGAGAACGUGCAGCUACAGAAGAACUUCUUGCCAACAAAAUUCAAAUGUCUUCUAUGGAAUCACAAAAUUCUCUUUUAAGACAAGAAAAUAGUAGGUUUCAGGCCCAGCUAGAAUCUGAGAAAAAUAAGCUAAGAAAACUGGAGGAUGAAAAUAAUUGGUGCAAGGUUGAAUUAGAAAACCUAAAAGAUGAAUAUGUAAGAACACUUGAAGAGACAAGGAAAGAAAAGACACUAUUGACUAGUCAGUUAGAAAUGGAGAAAAUGAAAGUUGAACAAGAAAGGAAGAAAGCACUUUUCACUCAAGAAGCAAUAAAAGAAAAGGAACGCAAGCCUUUUUCUGUUUCUAGUACCCCCACAAUUUCACGAUCAAGUUCCAUAAGUGGAGUUGAUAUGGCAGGGCUACAAACGUCUUUUCUGUCUCAGGAUGAGCCUCAUGAUCACUCAUUUGGACCAAUGUCUGCAUCAGCUAAUGGAAGCAAUCUUUAUGAUGCUGUAAGGAUGGGUGCAGGAUCAAGCGUUAUUGAGAAUUUACAGUCUCAGCUGAAGCUAAGGGAUGGAGAAAUUACUCACUUGCAGCUAGAAAUUGGGAAUCUGGAAAAAACCCGCUCAAUCAUGGCUGAAGAGUUAGUUAAAUUAACAAAUCAAAAUGAUGAGCUUGAAGAAAAAGUGAAGGAGAUACCCAAACUUCGAACUCAGCUAAGAGAUUUGGAUCAAAGAUACAACACUAUUCUCCAGAUGUAUGGAGAAAAAGCAGAAGAGGCAGAAGAACUUCGGCUAGAUCUUGAAGAUGUAAAAAAUAUGUAUAAAACUCAAAUAGAUGAACUUUUAAGACAAAGGCUCACUUAACCUCUGACAAUUGCAUUCCAGUCAAACUGAAUAUAAACAUUUAAUAUCUAAAUGCAUACUUCCAGUAAAUUCUUUAAAAUAACUAGAAAAUGGGGUUUAAUUUACGAUAGAGAUCAGGAAUUAAAAAAAAAAAAUGAUUGCUUUAUAGUGUGCAGUGCUAUUUGUACUUAAAUUAUUUUGUGCAAUAUUUGAACUUUAUUUUUGAAACUCUUCUUUAAAGAUUAAUUUUUUAAAGCAUCUUUUAUUUUGCCUUGUAUAGUACAGAGAUUUAUUACUUUAUCCUCAUAUCAUUAUGGUUAUGGAAGAAGGGUGGUGGUCAUAUGUGUAUUUUAGAAAUACAACUAACUGUAUCUAUAAUUUGUAUGUGUAUGUAAAUAUUGAGAACAUUUAAAAAGUAAUGUUAACAUAUUGAAACUUUGCUAUCUUUUACACUUAAUCUUCAACAUGUCUAAUUAAAACUAAUGAAUAUGUAGAUUAAAUGUUCAAGUAAAAAAU